AUGGAUCUCGUUAACCAGGUACAUGAACUCCAGCUAACACGCAUAUCUCUGAAAACAGAGGGUCGGCUCCAACAGGCAACCUUGGACCUGCUUGCCGGCGUUGACAUCCAAUUCCGUCGCGAGACCCGCCUCGAUAUUGCCCUUGUGAAGAACCUCCCUAUCGCCCUCAUCUUCCUCCCCGCCGCAGACAUCCCCACCUUCGUCGGCGAAGGUCGCGUCGACCUCGGUAUCACUGGUCGCGACCAGGUCGCUGAGCAUGAUGCACAGCUGGCGAAUGGCGAGACCUCCGGUGUGGAGGAGAUCAUGGACCUUGGUUUCGGAGGCUGCAAGCUGCAGGUGCAGGUUCCGGAGAAGGGUGACAUCACCGAGGCGAAGCAAUUGGUCGGCCGUAACGUGGUUACCAGCUUCACGGCCCUCACCGAGGCCUUCUUCGCUAAGCUCGAGGGCGUCGACGAUACCAGCAAGCUCUCCACCAAGAUCAAGUAUGUUGGUGGCAGUGUUGAAGCCGCUUGCGCAUUGGGUGUCGCCGAUGGCAUUGUCGACCUUGUUGAGUCCGGUGAAACCAUGAAGGCUGCUGGUCUUAAGGCCAUCGAUACCGUUGUCGAGAGUACCUCUGUUCUCGUCAAGUCUCGGAACGCCCAGAACCCUCUUGUCGAACUCAUCACCUCCCGUAUCCGUGGUGUCAUCACCGCCCAGAAGUACGUUCUGUGCCAGUACAAUAUUCCUCGCUCUGAACUCUCCACCGCCUCCAGCAUCACCCCAGGCAAGCGCGCCCCAACCGUAACCGCCCUCGAGGAAGACGGCUGGGUGGCCGUCAGCUCGAUGGUCGAGAAGAAAAAGAUCGCCACCGUGAUGGACGAGUUGACCAAGGUCGGCGCGACGGACAUCCUAGUCCUGAACAUUGCCAACUCCCGGACCGGUUAG